AUGAACUUACAGGCAACAAUACGUGAGCAGUUUGUCAAGAGCACCGUGUUCACUAUCGCUCAUCGUCUGAACACUAUCAUGGACUAUGACAGAAUUAUGGUACUGGAUCAAGGUCAAAUCAUUGAAUUCGAUUCUCCUUCGAAAUUGUUGGAAAACCCAGAUUCGACAUUCGCCAAAAUGGUGCAAGACUCGGAAUCCGAGUCAAAAAAUUCAUGA